CAAAGUGUAGCACUGAACAUAUGCUCAGUAAUUUACAGUGCCCAUUGCUCAUUGGUGCUGAGGAUGAACUAGAACCUAAUGUAGUGCUUUCUACAAGGAAGGAAGAAAAGUGCCUUGUACUUUGUGUGCUCUUUGUAAUGUCACAGUGUAAUGUCACUGUGUCAACUAAAGGUGUGGACAAAACCUGAGAUAAAACCAUUCAGCGAAACAAGGAUUUAACCUAGUGGGUUAGCACUGAUUUAUCUAUCAGGGCAUACACUGGCAUUUUGCACUCAGAUGGAAGUGAUAAUGAUGGGUACAGAUGGUGAAAGCAGUGCCAAAAUGUAAAACAGCACCUGAAGUUCCCUGCACUGUUUAUUCUAAAGCUAACUAGACAAAGGAAAAUAGGGCUCACUUCAAGCAAUGAGAAGGAAAUAUACUGGCAUCUGGUAUCAUAAUCCCUUCUUCAUGAUUUUUAGAAAUAAAUCUGAUCUAGUCCACUUGCCUUAAAGAAAAUUGUUGUUUUCAAAUGUUACAUAAUUAAUGGCAUUCCUGGAACAUAUUGUUCAUAUUAAGUCAUAGUUUUAUUGUCUUCUUUUCUAAAUGAAAUGUCAAACUCUGCUGUCCUUCAUCCAAAUUGAAAUCACUCCCCAAGUAGCAAAAGCAGAGUUAGUUUAAGGCAGUCUAAGUUUGCUGCUGCAAGAGACAAUCAUGUCAUAUUCCCGUUUCUGUUCCUGCAGCCCAGCCACAUGGUAAGCUGGACCAGCGACCUGAAGCCCUUGAAGGGCAGUCCUCAACGCCACAGUGUGUAGAUGAAUUUUUGACUGGAUCUUUUUGAUAGAGCCUUGAUAGAAUUUGUCACUUUGCUGCAUAUGUGUGCUAGCAGCAGCACAAGGGAAGGGCGAGUUGGAGACGAGAAAGGGACAAUCUCUUUAAUGGCAGUACAGACACAGGAUGGUUAAAAGAAUGGCUAAGUUCAGUUUCUUCGGCCUAGCUCCCUGAUCUUGCUUUCUCUCAGGCCAGUUCUCGUGCUGUGAGCCAGUUGAACUCAUUAGUUCAGCAGAGAAACAUGUACUUUUUGCCAGAUUAAUGAAUUCAGCUAGUACGGAGAGUAGCUGCUAUGUACCAGAGCUGGCUUGAGGUAACCGUGGGGGAUGGAGAGGGCAUGAAAAUGCCUUUUUUGAUGGUUAGAAGUGGUUAGAUUGAUCUGCUCUAUAAUGGUGAACUUCACUGUUAGGUGCAAAUUUUCUUUUUGAGGACUCACUGAUUCAUAUGUUCUAAUAACUUGAACUUUGAAAUGGGAAGCAAAUAAAUCUCUUGAGAGGCCUGGAGGUAAAAACUUGAUGCUUUUCAGAGGUGUGCAUACAGUGAAGCAGAAAUUGGCUCUUUUAUCUGGUUGCAUAUUUAGCGUCUCUGACAAAUUCAUGUUAGUGUAUGACCUUUAUAUAAUCUAUAUAUAGUAUUUUUCAUACAUCUUGCGGUGUUUAGUGGGAUUUACUUAAGCCUCUCAAACUGAAUCAACUCAAUUACAAAAAAUAGAUGUUUUCCAGUAAUGCAUCAUUGCUGAGUACUCCUGCCAGCACACACCAUCCCCCAUGCUAUUUGAAAGACCCUUAUGAGCUUGGAAAACUGUCCUAUUCCAUAAAUAUUUUUGGUCAAGUAGCCUACUUUUAAGUUUGUAGGUUGAACUGUGACCAUAACCUAUUGAUUUUUCUUUCUUUAUAUAAAUCUGUUGAAGAAAUGGUAUUUUGAAGUAGGAAAUUACGACACGUUUAUUUACUAUUUAGUAUUUCUAUCUACAUAGCUUUUGCUUAGAGUUGCAUCUCAAGGCAAUAUGCCUUGAGUAACUGAAACUGUAGUUACUGUUGUGGUGGUAUUUGUAUGCAUAGACAUACAUCUAGCAGAGCUGCAGACACUUAGGAUGAUGCACGGAAUUUGAAAAACUGUUGUAAAUAUCUAUUCGUAAGUACUGGAUCUUUUCAGCAGAUUUUUUUUUUGUGGUUUGGGUUUUUUUUUUCCUUGCUUGUUUGUUUGUUUGUUUGUUUUCUUUCCUGCUAAUACUUUAGGAUAAGAAUAGAGUAUGAGCACGCUUAAGAUGAGCAGACAACUGUUGGUGCUGCCAGCAGCUCUCAGAGUGCUGAAAUCAGUCAAGUUAAGGACUAAAACACAUUCACUGACUAAAACGCUGCUACGUGCAGUUGGGAUUGCCAGUAGAUUACGUCUACUGCCCUUUAACGAUACUAAGUUUGGUGCCUCUGUGGCCUGCAGAAAUGAGCUGGUACGAGCACUAAAGCUCGUAACAGCCAGUGCCACUUCCUCUGCUUCCAACCUGGGUUUGGAAACAAGAAGAGUUUUUGUGCCAUAGCAUGUUCAGUGUAGGUGUAGUGAAUGAAGGUGUUCAGGAAGGGACUGGUACGCAUUUGUGGCAUGAGGAGUUUGGGAUUUGAGCUGUUUGGUCAGAUUUUGCUGGAGGAAUAAGCCUGUUAGAGUUGUCUUGUGCUGUGUCUUUUGUAUUUCACCUCUGAAGAUCUGUUUGCAUCAAUGAGCUGUGCGGUAUUCUUGCUAGCCUUAUAGAAGAAUUAGUGAUGCCUGUGUGGGGAGAUAGUAGCACCGGGGAACCUGGAAUGGACAAAGUAUGGAACUGGUGGCACAGGAGGAGUAGGGAGAGUGUUCUGCUGCUGACAGGAUAGGCUUGUGUUGCAUGUGCAGGGAGAGGGAAAGGGUGAUCAAACACAUAUACUGAAGUUGAAGAAUAAGAAAACUAAAAGGGUAAGAUUAAAAUCGGACAGCUUUAAAGACAGUGUAAGGUGUGACACUUUGUUGAAAGUCCUGGCAAGAAUACAGGAGUGCGCAUGUUUGAAACGUGCAGUUGGUCAGUGGUACCUUGACUGCCUGUCUUGGACAGGAGUCCAACCAUAAGGCUUUGUUGAUUGGCUUUCAGCUGUGAUGGGCAGGUAAGAGAUGCCAUAAGGAAAUUCUCAUUUUCUUGCUUUCUUUUUUUUGUUGUGAGAAUGGACAUACCCUGCGGUGUGUGGCUUACUUCUAGUGAGGAUGUGGGUUUUAUUAGCAAGAGCUGUGUUUGAUGGUGGCUCAUGCAUAAUGCCUUAAUAGUUCUUUCACAGCGCCUUUAAUCAAUAUUUUCAUUUUGCAGACAGAAAAUGGAGGUGCGUUUCCAUGUGUUUUGCUUUUCCUUGCUUUGUCACUAAGCCAGCAGUAUUUUGGAGCACAGAACAAUGCUUUUGGUCUUCCCCUGAGCCUAAACCAGAUGGAGCAGCCUAUUAGUACUUGUUAGAGUGUGGCUGGAUGAGUUCCAGCUCCUGGAUUGGUUUGGGAGCUUACCCAGUGUUAGUCUUGAAGUGCUGAUGAUAUGGACAAUGCUAGCAGGGCUGCCAUGUGCAAGAAAGGGUCAGACCAGUCUGGUUUUAGAUGUGGAUGGUAAAAUGUCAUCUUGGUUAAUUAUUAGUCUAGCUAGAUUCUCCAUUUACUCAUUUGGAUUACUAAUGAUUGGGUGGUUACUCUUCUGGAUGCCUAUGAUUUCUUCCAUCUUGAGUCUCAGAUAGCUUUCAGUCCUAGGAAGAUUUCUUCAGCAAAAGAAUCAUACAGGUUAAUUUUAUGGCCAAUAAUAUCUAUUCUCUGACGGAGAAACUCUCUAGCAGUACUGAAUGCAGUAAUAGUCAACUUUUUGGAAAGAGCAUUGCCUUGGAUGCAGUUUGCAUCCUAACCAUUUGCUUAUUUUGGCACUCGCUCCUGUGAGUUCCUGAUACACUUUUAUUCAUAACAGCAAAAUAUUUGCCCUAAAAAGUGGGACAGUGUCUCAGGCAAACGUGGAAGUGAGGGGCUGAGGGUGGAGUGGGGGGACUGCCUCUUUGCUGGUGCCAUGCACUGAACUGUUUGUGAACUCUGUUAUUACAUAGUGUUAGUUUUUGUUGGAAAGCUGAGGCUUAGUAUUUAUGUAGAAUAGCAGCGACAUCCUAAGCAUGGCACGUUGUGUGCAUCUUUGUAUGGUAAUUGUGAUGGAUGUGUUUAUUACUCUGUAUUCUGUCUGGUUUAAACUGUCUCUGGAUAUUUUGUCUUUGUGCAAGUACGAGAUUAAAUUACAGAUCGUUAUGAAAAAUGUCAAAUUGUAAGUUAAGAUAACUGAAAAGGCUGUUUUCUACCUUCCCUAUCUCCUCUUUCUCCACUCCCUUCUUAACUCCAGAUUCAAGGGUGCUUAAUAUGUUUGUAACUCCUGUUAGUUGGUAUUUGCAUUAUCGUGUAUGAGAGACUUGAAUAAGUGAUAUGGGCUUCUUUUUUCGUUUGCGUGCUAAUGUUUUUUAGGAAAGUUGAAUACAGCAGAGUUCUUGUUUCAGAAUUGCUUACUAGACUGUAACUAUUACACGCUCAAAGAAUAUUCUCAAUUUCUACACCUGAAUUACUAUUUUGACUAGAAAAUUUUGUUGCCUAAACCCAGAAAAAUAUCAAAGUACCUUGCCAGAGCCUUUGGUACAUGCGUUAGCAGCUGACAAUGGAGUUCAGCAAAAAUCUCUUUAACUGUUGUUACUUUUCAGUUUCUAAAGUGUUGAAAUUGCAGUUUGCAUGCAGCUUGCAGAGUUUAGCAGCUGGUUCUUUGGCUGUAGUGAGAAUAAGAAGGAGGGAGCUCCAUGCUGCAAGUGAUCUGGUGCACGGGGUUGAGAUUUGACAGGAAGGUGUGUUGAAAUUUUGAGGGCAUGAUGUCUCCAUCAAGGGGACAAGUGACUGCCUAAACAAAAAUGCAGGGAAUCAUUAGCAGAAUGACAGCAUCGGUGAAAAACAUUGUACCAGGAUGGUUACAGAAGUAUUUCAAUAAAAGUGAAGAUGAAUGUGUAGAUGCAAAUGAAUCUACAGACCAGGAAGAGAAUCCAGUAAACUAUCACCAUGAUUAUGCAAAUGAAGAUACCAUCGUGAUUGAUGGGAGAGUCACGCCUGAAACAGCAAGAAUUAAUCUAGACGAACCAUCCACGAGUAGAUCUGCAUUGAACUACUCAGAUGUGUUAACAAGGCCCUCUCUUCAUCGGAGCCAUUUGAACUGUACCAUGUUGGAUUCUACAGUACCACAUUGUCAGCCCUCUACAUCUUCUUCUCUUGGCAUUGGCAGUCCUGGGCUGUCUCUUGUAAGAGAAAUAAAAGAUUCUACCUCUCAGCAUGAUGAUGAUAACAUCUCAACAACCAGUGGCUUCUCCUCUAGAGCAUCUGAUAAAGAUAUCACAGUUUCAAAAAAUACUUCAGCACCACUGCUCUGGUCCACAGAAGCUGAAAGAUCUCAUUCCCUCUCACAGCAUCCUGCAGCUAGCUCUAAAAAACCUGCAUUCAAUUUGUCUGCUUUUGGAUCUCCCUCUCCUUCACUUGGAAACACUUCUGUCUUUAAGACAAGCCAGCUUGGGGAUUCUCCAUUUUACCCUGGGAAGACCACUUAUGGAGGCGCAGCUGCAGCAGCAAGGGAGACAAAAGCACGAAUUGCUCCUUAUCAGCCACCAGUAAGAAGACAAAUGAAAGCUAAACAAGCAAAUGUGCAAUCCUGUGGUGUGACAAGUUCCACAGCACGGCGCAUCUUGCAGUCAUUGGAGAAGAUGUCAAGUCCUUUGGCGGAUGCUAAAAGGAUUCCGUCUUCUAGUCCGCUUUCUUCUCCUUUGGACAGGAGUGGGCUGAAUAUUACUACCUUCCAAUCCAAGCGAAACCAGAUGGAAUCGCAGCUUCCACCUGUCCAGAAACUCGUGACACCAAAGGCAAUCUCUCUGUCAGGGAGUCGGACCCAGUAUUUUAAACCAUCUCUGACUCCAGCUACUGAUUCCAGCAAAAUUCACCAGAGGGUAGCUACAAAGCACAAAGGUAUGAGAGAGAAGAGUUUUCCUGCAGAACAGCGAGUAAACCCAUCUGAAAGCAAUUUGACCUACCCCAAAUUCAGUACUCCUGCAUCCAACGGUCUGUCUUCAGGAGGAGUGGGUGGUGGUGGCAAGAUGAGAAGGGAAAGAGGAGUACACUAUAUAUCAAAACCUGGACAAGAGCAACAGGAAGUGGAAGAACCAGUACUACCGAAAGUACCCUUACCCAUCAGUGCUGCAUCGCUGCCUUCAUUCAACUUCAAUUUUCUUGCCAGUAGUACUGUCUCAUCGUCACCAAGCACUGUCUCAACAGGAGCGAUGAUGAAGGUACCACCAGCAAGUAAUGUUGGCAGUCCUGUGUUCAGAUUUUCAUCUCCAAUUGUGAAAUCUACUGAGGCGGAAGUGCUACCUCCAUUGUCUCAGAUUGGGUUUACAUUUAGUGAUCCUGUUGCAAAAUCAGCAGAGCGUUCUGGAUCCAGUGAUACACCAGUGACAUCCUUCCUUACUCUAGAUACCGCCACUGUAAACAGCACCAGCAAUAAGAAGGAAAAAGAAGAAUACGAUGGCCCCUCCAAACCUGCAAAGGUCUUAAAGGAAGGAAGUGUGUUAGACAUUCUAAAAAGCCCUGGCUUUACCUCUGUGAAAACACACUCCCCUCCAUCUGCGCAGCCUGUUACAAGCACAGUGGUCUAUACAAGGCCUGCAAUAAGUAGUUUUUCUGCAGGUAAAGACACCUCUAAACAAGCAUCCUCAUUUUGGCAGUCUGACACGUAUGACCCAUGUCUGCAAAACAAAACCACGGAUAGCAAAUGUGUAACAUGUGAAGCUGCUAAAGUGUCAACAAUUGAGAGUACGAAACAGACAAUAAGCUCAAGUCAAUGUGUUGCCUCUAAGGCAGCAGUUCCUACAGCGGGGACAUUGGGCUUUGAAGACAAAUUUAAAACAGCACCCAACACAUGGGAUUGUGAUACCUGUCUGGUCCAGAACAAACCUGAAGCUACAAAAUGUAUAGCAUGUGAGACACCAAAGCCCGGAACAGGAGUAAUGCCUGCCCUGACAUUGCCAGCAGUCACAGACAACGCGGUGACAGUGACAUCCUCCUCCAGCAGCACUGACACAACAGUCACUCUGGGGUUUGGAGACAAAUUUAAGAAGCCAAAAGGUUCUUGGGACUGUGCGGUGUGCCUUGUAUCAAAUAAGGCAGAAGACAGCAAAUGUGUAGCUUGUCAGUCAGAGAAACCAGGGAGUUCAGUGCCUGUGACCAGUAGCAGUGUUCCUGCAUUUUCUGCUGCUUCUGGAGGAUCUGGAGGAUUUCUGGAUUUAGACAAGUUCAAGAAGCCUGAAGGAAGCUGGGAUUGUGAGGUCUGCUUGGUCCAAAACAAAGCAGAAGCCACAAAAUGUGUAGCUUGUGAAAGUGCAAAGCCAGGCACCAAAGUAGAGCUCAAAGGCUUUGGUACUGCUGCUGUGUCCACAAAUGCUGCAGUGCCAUCAUUUACAUUCGGUGUCCCGUCAUCCUCCUCUGAAUCUUCUCAUACAAUAAGUAGCACAGGAAAUUUUAAGUUUGGAGAACAAGAGAGCUUCAAGUUCGGCAUUGCAUCAGAAUCUGCAUCCUCCAACACUGUGACUGGAGGAUUUAAGUUUCCUACUGGUUCAGGGGGCUUCAAAUUUGGAGUUUCUUCCUCAGACUCUAAAUCAGAAGACAGUAAAAAAGAAAGUAAAAGUAAUAGUUUUACUUUUGGACUUCCAUCUACAAGCAAUCAGGCUCCUUCAACAUUUCAGUUCGGGACAGCGAGCCUGGGACAGCAGGAAAAGAAAGAGGAACCAGUUUUGGGAGGCUUUGGUUUUGGCACAAGUUCUACUUCUUCCAUAGCUACCAAUGAGAAUAAAACCGGGGUCAGUGGCUUCGCUUUUGGAACUGUGGCGGAAAAGGAGGUAGCAUCACCUGCUUUUGCAUUUAAGAAGUCAGAUGAGAAAAAGGAUGAAACGCUUCCAGCAAAGGGAGGAUUCUCUUUUGGCAGUGUGGAGUCUGCACCUGCCUCACAGUUUGUUUUGGGAAGGACAGAAGAGAAACAGGACUCUCUCGUUCCUGCUGCUCCACUAGCAUUUGGAAAGAAAGCUGACAAUGAAGAGUUAAAGACACAACCUAUCUUUUCAGCUGGGACGGCUGAGCAUACCAAAGAGGAGAGCACGGCAAAACCUAUAUUCAAUUUUAGUUUUGUUAAACCAUCAGAGAAGGAAAGUGAGCAGGCAAAGCCAUCUUUUGCAUUUGGGGCACAAACCAGUACUUCAGAUCAAGGAGCAGCAAAGCCAUCCUUCAGCUUCUUGAGCUCUAGUUCCUCCAGCACAGUCGUACCCACCACUUCAGCCAAUAGCAGCAGUGUGUUCGGCAGCGCCAUCUCCUCCUUGAAUCCUCAGCUGGUUCCCGCUCCCUUCGUGUUUGGACAACCCAGCAACACUGUGAGCAGCUCUGUUUUUGGCAAUUCUUCAGAAUCUGCAGCCUCUCAGUCAUUUGGCUUCUCUCAAGAAAACAAACCAGCAACUACAUCUUCCAGCACUGGCACAGGUCUUACUUCAUUUCUGUUUGGCUCGGGAGCCACCAGUACCAAUGCAGCAAAUUCAGGCUUCACCUUCGGAGCCACAACCACAUCGAGUUCAACAGGGUCAUCCUCUUCGUUUCCAUUUGGCUCUGGGCCUCCAGCGCUGGCUGCCGGCCCAGCAUUUGGCACCAGUCAGCCACCAGCAUUUGGUCAGAGCCAAGGGUCCAGCCAGCCAAGCGCUCCAAGUUUUGGAUCCCUGUCGACAACGUUGUUUUCAGCUGGCACUCAGCCUGCUCCUCCUGCCUUCGGCUCCGUGACGAGCAGCACUCAGCCCUCUGUGUUCGGACAGCAAGUGGCGCAGCAGCCGGGGUUUGGCUCUGGUACCCCCAGUGCUGGUUCUGUAUUCCAGUUUGGAAGUAAUAGUUCUAGUUUCAACUUCCCAAAUAGCCCAGGAGUAUUUACUUUUGUUGCGAAUCCUCCUGCACCAGCAGCACCGGCACAGCCUUCUGGCUCGUCAGGAUUUUCGUUCAGCCAGCCUCCAGCUUUUACAGUGGGGACUAACGGGAAAAACAUUUUCUCUGCCUCUGGAUCUUCAGUUUCUGGUCGGAAGAUAAAGACUGCAGUUAGACGUAGAAAAUAACCGCCCGAUCGGUAAAGCAAGUUCCGAAGCAGCUACUACCCUGCAUUGUUCAGUUGUUGGGAUCGUACCUCAUGCUGGGUUAGCUGAAGACAGAUCUGCCUAGAGGAAUAUAGAACUCUGCUGCCCUUUCCUUCCCUCCCUUCUCCCCAGUUAGGUUUUUUUUUGGUAACGAAUAGAGUUGGCAACAGGGCCGUUCUCGAGCAAAACUAUUUUAGACUCCAGCAAGUUCCUUCUUUCACUGACUCGGCAUGGUCUGGCUGUAGCCGUGAGUAGAGCCUGCACAGUGAAUGGCUUGUACAAUACCUCUUCAUCUGCACCACUAUGUGCGCUCAUCUGCGUUUACUGACGCCUCGACAUUGUAAUUAUAUCAGCGAGGGAUGCUGUAUAGAGUAGAGAAUGUUGAUAACGAAUGAUUUCUAUGCUGAGUUUGUGCCGGUGUAUGUGUGAAGUGAGUGAGUUUGGGUGUAUUGUGCACUAAAAUUUUCUGAUAGAGGAAGAUUGAUUAAAGGAUGAUCCAUGCUAAGGACUUGUUAGAUCUGUAGUUCUUCAUUUAAUAAUUAUAUGCUAUUUCUAUAUUUUCAUUCUUACAGCCCUUUAUCACCUGUCUCGCCUUUGUUAUUUUAUUAUGAAACAUGUGUAAAUACGAUUUUGUUUCUCUAUGUACUUUUUUGGCAUAACAGAUCUGUGAAAUGGAAAUUUUAAUUUUGUGUGUUACGGCCAUUUUUGUUUAGUAUUGUCUCAGAUUUUAUGUAAAUCCCAUUAUUCAAAGUUGCCUAAAUCCAUUUAGAAAAUCUUUAAAAUUGGGAAUUCUUAAAGUAAGUUUAUUGGCUUUUCUGAUCCAUUUUUGUUUGGACCAAAAACCAGUAUUGUACAAAGUAUUAAGUAUAUAUUUUUAUAUUUACUGAAAUGGACUGUGGUGACUUUGGAUAAUAAGGAAAAGUUUAAUAUUAAAGCCAUGUUUAUUACAGUAUAAUUAACAUGUUAAACCAUGGGAUAAAUGCCAUCAAUAAAAACUAUGAAAUAUU